AUGGGCGUUCUCACCUUUGACGUUGAGGGUCGUGCAGUGGACUUUGAGGUUUGGGUAGAUGAUCUGCAGCUUUUCCUGCAGUGCGAUAGGGCAGACGGCCUCUCCCUAUUUGACCUCACUUUUGGUGCCUCCCCUGCCCCUGCUGCUGAUGCUGACGCCAGUGUUUGCUCACAGUGGGCCACACGUGAUGCUGCUGCUCGCCUUGCUGUUCGCCGCCACUUACCGGCCACUGAGCGUGCACACUUUGGCCAGUACAAGAGUGCUCAGACGUUGUACGACGCUGUAGUUGCACGCUACUCUUCCCCUGCCACUGCUGCACUGAGCCGCCUCAUGCUACCGUUCCUCUUCCCUGACCUUGCUGCCUUUCCCACUGUUGCUGACCUCAUUACGCACCUCCGCACUAGUGACAUUCGCUAUCGCGCUGCGCUUCCUGCUGAGUUCUGCGCCAAGAACCCCCCACCCCCCAUGUACAUCACCCUCUACUACAUAGUCACCCAGCUCCCUGACUCUCUUCGCGUAGUCAGGGACCACUUCCUCUCUGUUUGCCCCACCACUCUCACCGUUGACCUCCUCGAGAAGGCCCUCCUAGCGAUAGAGAAGAGCAUAGUCGCUGUAGGAGCCUCUUGUGGUGACCCUUGCACCCCCUUCUUUGAGGGGUGUUCUCCCUCCCCCCUCUUGCCCUCUGUUGCCUCUGCUGCUGCGGCCGACCUCGUUGGUUUCGAGUCGGUCGGCGCUGCGUCUGCCCCGAGCGGGAGACGCCGCACCGGCAAGGGCAAGGGGGGCAAGGGCACUGGAGGGGGUGGAGGGGGCGGUGGAGGUGGUGGUGGAGGCGGUGGAGGGAGUGGGGGUGGUGGUGGGAGUGGUGCCGGGGGUGGAGGCGGCGGAGGCGGGGGAGGUGGGGGAGGAAGCGGAGGCGGCGGAGGUAGUGGAGGUGGCGGAGGUGGAGGAGGCGGCGGAGGCGGCGGCGGCGGCGGAGGCGGCAGUGGUGGAGCGAGUCGCGACUCUGCGCCGAGGAGUGGCGCCGGUGGUGGUCAGAGCCAGCAGCAGCAGCGGAGUGGUGUGACCAUGUCCCCCUAG